UUUUAAUAAUCUCCAAUCCAAUAAUUCAAUGUAUACUAUUAUAUUUACCUGAAUGCACAUUUCAACUAUUCUUAAAACGAAUUAACCAUUUGAAUAUUUGAUAAAUACUUACAUAAUAUUUCUGGCCUGAUUUUAAUUUUUUACUAUCUAGAAUACAAUACAAGGAUAUUGUUAAAGAAAAGAACACACGUUAAAUGUAAACAUAUGAGAAAAAAUUGAGCGUAUUAUUGCUAUUUUAUUUUCAUGAUCAUUGUGAAUUUUGGCGGCAACAGUUUAAAAUUUAUAUCGCAUCGUUAAACAAGUUUAACGGGUUAGCGACCUGGCGAAGCGAAGAUUUUCAACGAUCGGUGUGCGUCGACGAUGUUGUUGGUUUGUAACAGUUAACCGCGCUUCGUGGUGCAAAGCGGUCGCGAUGAUAUUCGUAGUGGCCGCUAUUUUAGCGGCAUUUUGUGCUGUUUGGUGGUUUCUCGGAUUCUUCGCAACAUGCGGUGUGGGGCUCGGUCUAGGUAUUUUGUAUGCCCUAAUAUUCCAUACAAGAUGGUGCUACGUUGCUCUAGUCACUACACCAAGGGAUAUCAGAGCACUAAUUUGUUACUUCAAGAUAUUACUACUUACAUGGCAGUUGACGAGGAAAAAUUGGACUUUGCCUGAUAUAUUUCAUUUUGUAGUCCAAAGACAUCCGGAAAAACCUUGUUUUGUUUUUCAAGAUGAAACUUGGACUUUCAAAGAGGUUGAAGACUUUAGUUUACGUGUAUCAGCAGUACUCAAAGCCAAUGGUGUAAAGAAAGGAAAUGUCGUAGGUUUAUUGGUUAACAAUUGCCCACAAAUGCCAGCGUUAUGGCUAGGUAACGCAAGGCUGGGUGGUAUAACACCACUCAUCAACACAAAUCAACGGGGAAAUGCUUUGAUACACUCUAUUAAUGUCGCCAAAUGUGAUGUAUUGAUAUUUUCCGAAGAAUAUCAGGCAGCCGUACAAGAGAUUGCAAGUGAGCUGGGAUCUUCAAUUAAAUUAUUUAAAUUUACACAUCGUCCGUUAAAUCCAUCGAAAUCUUCGGCCGAUGGAAGUGGUGACAGUAUCCGUGAUUUCACUGCAAUGUUGGAGACAACACCCCCGGCUACUUGGAGUUUGGCAGAUGCAGAUGGUUUCCAUGGAAAAUUGUUAUACAUCUACACAUCUGGUACCACAGGUCUUCCGAAAGCAGCUGUCAUUUCUAAUUCUAGGUUUGUGUUCAUGGCAUCAGCGAUACAUCAUAUGAGGCUGCAGUCUUCGGACACGAUAUACUGUCCGCUGCCACUGUACCACACGGCAGGGGGUGUCAUCAGCGUAGGCCAGGCGCUGUUGUUCGGCUGCACGGUUAUACUCAAGAGCAAAUUCUCAGCAUCACAAUUCUUCCCAGACUGCGCAAAAUAUAAAGCUACGGUGGCGCACUACAUCGGUGAGAUGUGCAGGUACGUGCUGGCCACGCCCCCCUCGCACGCGGACACGCACCACAACGUGCGCGUCAUCUUCGGCAACGGACUGAGACCACAGAUUUGGAAGGACUUCCUCAAGAGAUUUAAUAUCAAACAUGUGGUUGAGUUUUAUGGAGCUACAGAAGGCAAUGCUAAUAUAGCCAAUACGGACGGUACACCGGGCGCCAUAGGUUUCGUGUCUCGCAUCUUGCCCAGUAUAUACCCCAUAGCCAUCAUCAAAGUGGACCAGGAGACAGGCGAACCUAUACGAGAUUCCAGGGGACUGUGCCAACUGGCAAAUCCAAAUGAACCUGGCGUAUUCAUUGGGAAGAUAUCGCCCAACAACCCGACCCGGGAGUACCUCGGGUACGUCGACAAGUCCGCUUCAGAGAAGAAGGUUGUUAGAGACGUGUUCAAGUACGGCGACUCCGCAUUCAUAUCCGGUGACAUUCUGGUAGCAGACGAGCUGGGCUACUUGUACUUCCGGGAUAGAACCGGGGACACAUUCCGAUGGCGCGGCGAGAACGUCAGCACCACUGAGGUGGAGGCCGCCAUCUCCAGAGUCGCUGAUCACCGGGACGCUGUUGUUUAUGGAGUCCUGGUGCCGAACACAGAAGGUCGUGCGGGGAUGUGCGGCAUAGUAGACGCGAACAGCUCGCUGGAUCUGGACAAGCUGGCCCGCGACCUCGCCCGUGACCUGCCCGCGUACGCCCGACCUGUCUUCAUACGUGUCAUGUCCGCCAUGGAUAUGACCGGUACAUUUAAAAUGAAGAAAAUCGAUCUACAGAAAGAAGGUUUUGACCCCAGUCUGGUAAAGAAUGACAAGUUAUAUUACUUAGAUCUGAAACAAGGGCGCUACCUGCCGCUCGGUGUUGACGAGUACGAGAAUAUAGGCAAUGGAAAAAUAAGACUGUAAUUAUAAAGUCCCAACUAGUAAUUAAAUUACAAAAGUCCAGACUGACUGUACCUCUGUAAAAGGUUCAUAUAGACAUAAUCCAGAAUCGUACGUACACUUGGAACUGUCAGAUGACGUCAGUAGUGGUAUAGCGAUCUCAUGUAUUCUCAUAUGUUUGUCUUGCUCUAACGCGACAGACGAGCGUCAGUUCGAACUGUCAGAUGACGUCAGUAGCGGUAUAGUGGUCUCAUGUAUUCGCAAAUGUUUGUCUCGCUCUAAUGCGACGAACGAGCGUCAGUUCGAACUGUCAGAUGACGUCAGUAGCAGUAUAGCGAUCUCAUGUAUCCCCAUAUGUCUGUCUCGCUCUGACGACGGCCAUUGUUCGUACGAUUCCGGCUAUGUAAAUGAACCUUAAGGGAAAGAAAAUGUAUACUUCAAAUUUUAAAAUCGGAUAUGGCGUUUAGGCUAUUAGCAGUCACAAAACGAAUGCUCACGAAACCUUACCCUUGUCGGGCAUGAACAAAGUUCGAUUCAUUUUUUUUAUAUAAAAAUUUUGUGUAACAAAAAUGUGUAUAAAAUUAAAUUUCAAAAGCAAUUUUUAUUUCGUUCAACUAAUCGACUUAACAACAAGAUAUUCCUUUAGAAGUAUUCUCUAUUGAUGGAAAAAAAUAUAUUACUUCUGAGUAGUAAAGAAAAAUAUAUAACAUUUUUAUGGUAGAACAUAUUUUAGUCACAACUUGACUACACAAGACGCGAGAGGUUAAUGUUUAUUAUUACAGAAAUAAUAAAUUUCUUUUAUUACUUGUUAUGUUUGUAUAUGUAUAAUUAAGUAGAUCAAUGACUCAAGAUAUUGUUUUUAUUUUCUUUGUUUAAAGCAUAGCUGAUAACGGCUUGAAUACUUUGUGAUAAUUGUCUAUAUAAUAAAUAUUGUAUGUAUCAUAUUAUUUGCCUUUGUGUAAACAAUAACAAGAAAGUCAAGUGUAUCGCUGUCAUUUGAUUUAACAAAACAGAGAUAACAAUAUGUUUUAAACGGAGAUUUCAGUCUCAGAAACUCACGGUAAAAUGUGUUUACUUCAAUUUCUAUACGUUGAUUACGUUUGAAGCUAUCCUCCCCUAGGUUAAAUCACGUGCAUUUUUAGCGCAAAGUAUUAUUGAAAUUUUCAAAAUAUUAUAAUAACGUCAUCAGAUACAAAUAAAUACAGGUGAUAUUUUAAACUACUUUCUUGUGAUGUUUCGUGAUUUUUAAUACUCAACGAUAUAUGAAAACCGUGUUAUUGUGAACUCAUUGUAUGUGCUGUAAAAUGUGUUAAUACAAAAAUUAAAUGUACUUAAAAUUAUUGUUUUAUCUAUCGAUAUUUGUAUAUUUUGUUUCGUAAUAAUUGUUUAAUUUUGAAUAAAACAUUGAGUCUCAAAUAGCUAAAAGAUUAUGUUUAAGACUAUUAAGGUUCUACAAAUUUCACUCAGCAAUCAGCUUUUUAUGUCUCUUUAGGAAUUGUUACUCAUAAAAGUUUUUUUUAUAUAUAUACUAAUUG